AGUUCCUGAGAGGCUUGAUUUUGCUGUGGUCUCUGGGAGGUUAGAGAACCUUUGAGGAUCCCAUGACGGGCUGGUCAUUGUCCAGGAAACAAAAGUUUGGAGAGCUACUUCGUAGCAAUGGAGAGUCCUUGAAAGAUCAAAUGGAAUGGUUGUUUUUAGGUCUCUUGGACUGGCUCAGUUCCUGAUCGAGACUAUACCUUCUUCCAGGAAAGGUACCCGGACACCUGACUGGCUUUGGCACAGGCCUCCACAUGCUUCACAGCACUCUGUGACAGAUCUGGAUGCUGCAGGGCCUGCUGGGUCAGCUCAGGACACGACACAACCUUCUGAGUUAAGCCUAGACAAUCAAACUUCCUCAGGAUCAUCUUGAUCUCAGAGGGGUUACUGGGGUCAGCACACAGGAUUGAGUCCCAGAGGACUGUGGCCUUGCGCUGGUCAGCAGUUCCAGCACGGUAAGUGGCUUGGACUUUGGAGUCAAGAGAUGGAGCUGUGGUCGGGUUGUUCUCACUAGAGAACAGAGACUUGGCUGGUAGGCCACUUUUAAUAUGGAGACUGAGGUUCUCUAAGGUGUGUCCUACAGUAACCUCAGCACACAGAUCCAAGAAAAUGUGUUUUCUCUCAGAAGAGAGAAUUAGAAGAGAUUAAUCCUAUGUACACCUGAAGAAUGGGGAUAGUAUUUCGAUUUUACAAGCUAGUUGAAUUUACACUAUUUCUUAAAGACCCACUCCAGCCUCCCUAGCACCUCAGUUAUCAUCUGAUUUACUUAACAAAAGGUGCAUUUCAGUAGCUGGUGCAGAUCUCCUCAUGACAUGGCACAAGUGGAUGGGUGGGCCUUUUGUCUUCUAUUGCUCCUCUAUUGUUUCAGCAAUCAAAGGGGAAUGCUGAUGACAUCUGAGUUCACCAAUCAGAGAGACCAACUCCUUGAAUACAUUUUUUUCUUCUGAAAAACACUAUUUUGCUCAAGUAUGUUUACUUCACCCUUGCGUGCCGGUACUUUACUGUAUAUAUACUCGGAAUAUCGUUUUUCAAUGGAGGAAGAAAAAAAAUAGCUGGAGAGUGUCUUUAACAAAUGGACAUCUUGAUUUGAAAGGCUCUGGGAAGAUUUUGACUAUUUAGAGUGCUUGUCAUAAGCCUACAGGUCAAACCAGUCCACUUUCUACUAAUGUAGUUUAUGAAAGUUAAAUCGGGAAGGCUGGUCUGAAUGCAUAGUCGCGGGAAGUAGGGGUGCACCAUCAGCACCCCCUGAAAUAUAUGAGGGGGGGGGGGGGUUCACAGUGCACUAGAUGUUUAGAUGUUCAUAUGUUCAUACAAUAUAUUGUAAUAUCCAACAAUAUUGGUUGCGUGGGGUAAAUUGUUUAGAAUUGUGUACUUUGGAGCAUCAUGCCAUUCAUUGGAACUGCUGAAAAUGUUGGUACCUUUUAAUUUAAAGUAUAAAGCCAUGCCUACUAAAGUGAAUGAUUACCUACUAAUUUUAAUGUGAAGUGUAUGUGUGACAUUAAUCAUUUAACAGCAGUUCUCCCAGGCUAUGGUCUGCACAAAUACUAAUAAUACAUACAGUACCAGUCAAAAGUGUUGUAUGUAUCCAACAAUAUUGAUUGCGUGGGCUAAGUGGGUUAGAAUUGUGUAAUUCAGAGCAUCAUGCCAAACUUGGAAAUGCUGAAAAGUGUGAUAUUGUAGGUUAGUAAUUCAUUUUCAACCACAUUUGAUCCAAGUUUAGUACCUUUUAAUUUCAAGCGUUUGUAGGCAGUAUAAAGCCAUGCCUACUAAAGUUAAUGAUUACUUACUCACUUUAAACUGAGUUGAGUUUGUGUGUCAUUCAUUAUUUUACAGAAGUGCUCCCAGACUAUGGUCUGCACAAAUACUAAUAAUACAUUCUUUAGAUAAAUCAUUUUGUUAUGGGUCAUCUUAGGCCAUCAUUAUCACAUAUAUGCUUCUUCAGAAACCUCUUUCUCAUCCUAAUGUCUGCUUUAAUCUCACUUCUCCUCUGGAACACUCUGAGACGCCCAACCUGUUCUGAGAGAAGCCCGCUCCCAGCACCUGACCUCCUGCCACAAGACUACGCAGAUGACCUGCCUGCCUGCUCAGCCAUCAUCAGAGGAGACCUGAAGGGCAUCGACAAGGAGCAGCUCAGAAGACUUCUGAAAACAAAGAAUAAGCCCAAGCUUCUGUCUGAGGCGUUCUACCACGACGUGACCCGAAACUGUAAAACGUACAUUACAGGCAGAGGGUUCGUCAUGAUGCCCCUGAGUGUGGAGGAGAGAGACUUCCCCAUCGCCUACUCCAUGGUGGUCCAUGAGAAGAUUGAGAUGUUUGAGCGACUCCUGCGUGCCGUGUACACACCUCAGAAUGUAUAUUGCGUGCAUGUGGACCAGAAAUCCUCAGAAGAAUUCAGGACUGCAGUAAAGGCUAUUGUGACUUGUUUUACCAAUGUGUUUGUGGCAAGUAAGACAGAGAGUGUGGUUUACGCAUCGUGGUCUCGAGUGCAGGCAGAUCUAAACUGUAUGAAGGACCUGUUGAAGUCACCUGUCCAGUGGAGGUACCUACUCAAUACCUGUGGAACAGAUUUCCCCAUUAAAACCAACGCAGAGAUGGUUCAGUCACUCAAACUGCUCAACGGGAGGAACAGCAUGGAGUCUGAGACCACCGUCGACUAUAAGAAACACCGGUGGCAGUAUCAGCACAAUAUAACCAAUAACAUAGUAGUCAGAACAGACGUUACGAAGAGCCCUCCUCCAAUCAGCACCCCCAUGUUUUCCGGAAAUGCCUAUUUCGUGGUCUCCAGGGACUUUGUCCAUCACGUGUUUGACAGCCAGGAGGUUCGGGCCCUGCUGGAGUGGGAGAGGGACACCUACAGUCCUGAUGAGCACCUGUGGGCCACUCUGCAGCGCAUGCCCUCAGUGCCAGGGUCUAACCCUCCUCACGUCAAGUACCAUGAAUCAGACAUGAACGCCAUCGCUCGCAUGGUAAAGUGGAGUUACCUGGAAGGAGAUGUGAGGAAAGGAGCCCCAUAUCCACCCUGCUCCGGUGCCUCCAGGAGAGCUGUGUGUGUCUACGGGGCUGGAGAUCUACGGUGGCUCCUACAACACCACCACCUCAUCGCUAACAAGUUUGACCCAGAGGUGGAUGAUGUAGCCGUUAGAUGUCUGGAGUCCUACCUUCGUUUCAAAGCAACAUAUGGUUCAUCUGGAAGUAUCGGGAAAAAGCUACGAAAUGAGAAAGGUUUGCACAUACCGUAAUGUACAUUUUUUUUUAUUUGUGUUUUGGUAUCAUUUUUAUGUGGUUGUUUUACCUAUGGAAUUGAACGCACUGAUUGGAAGAGGCUAUGGAUAAGAGCAUCUGCUAAGUUAUACCAAAAAUUUGCAUUUUCAUGUUGCAUUUAGAAUACACUCUCUAAACAACAGUUAUAUAUUUACACAGUCUAUAUAGGUUGUAAAAUUGUGGCACAGGAGAGUCUGAAAAGAAUGCCCUAACCCUGUUCAAUGUCAGCAGCAAUUUCCGGUGUGAAAUUAGUCAGACAGAGGCUUUUCUUCUGAAUAACUGGUCAGGGUAUACCACGUUCCAUUCAACUUCAGCCAACUUUGAUGUAAAGGCUUGAUAACACCUGUACUGACUACUUCUAUACUGCAUGCCCAUUGUUGCUUGUCGAUUGUUCACUAGAAAAGGCAAUCACUUGGUUGCAGUCACUGAAAAGCUUGGAUAGCUGUGGAUUAGUGAGGAAUGUGGGCAGAGGUCAGGUCAGAUGAAGGGAGAAGGAACCGUUUUAUUACACACUUCAUCUGCCGAGCAGCAAAGAUGUUGUGUUUAGAGGUGCAACGAGGAGACUCUGCCUAAAGGAGGGUAUAAAUAAUGGUGCUGGUGGGAACAUGUUUUUGUCUUUUCAGCUGUUUGACCCAGUGGGUGAAUAAACUUGGUUUGAGCUUUGACUAGUUUUUCACACAUUGUUACAAUAGCCUAAAUAGCCUAAAUAUAUCAUAUGAAACAGCCUUGGAAGUGCAAGCCAACAUAAUUCAUUAUUUUAUGAACUUGUUUAACUGCAUUGAUAUGGCUAAAAAUACAGUGCUUUCGGAAAGUAUUCCGAAUAAAUUGGAUUUAUUCAGACCCCUUGACUUUUCCCACAUUUUGUUACAGCCUGGCACACCUGUAUUUGGGGAGAUUAUCCCAGUGUUCUCUGCAGAUCCUCUCAAACUCUGUCAGGUUGGAUGGGGAGCGUUGUUGCACAGCUAUUUUCAGGUCUCUCCAGAGAUGUUCGAUCGGGUUCAAGUCUGGGCUCUGGCUGGGCCACUCAAGGACAUUCAGAGACUUGUCCCGAAGCCACUCCUGCGUUGUCUUGAAUGUGUGGUUAGGGUAGGUGAACCUUCGCCCCAGUCACCGCCAUGUUUCACAGGUAGGGAUGGUGCCAGGUUUCCUCCAGAUGUGAUGCUUGGUAUUCAGGCCAAAGAGUUCAAUCUUAGUUUCAUCAGACCAGAGAAUCUCGUUUCUCAUGGUCUGAGAGACUUUUAGGUGCAUUUUGGCAAACUUCAAGCGGGCUGUCAUUUCCCCAGAUCUGUGCCUCUACACAAUCCAGUCUCAGAGCUCUACUACCAAUUAUUUUGACCUCAUGGCUUGGUUUUUGCCCUGUCAACUGUGGGACCUUAUAUAGACAUGUGUGUGCUUUUCCAAAUCAUGUCCAAUCAAUUGAAUUUGCCACAGGUGGAAUCCAAUCAAGUUGUAGAAAUAGCUCAAGGAUUAUCAAUGGAAACAGGAUGCACCUGAGCUCAAUUUUGAGUCUCAUAGCAAAGAGUCUGAGUACUUAUGUAAAUAAGGUAUUUCCGUUUUUUUGCUUUGUCAUUAUGGGGUAUUGUGUGUAGAUUGCUGAGUGAAAACAUGUACUUUAUCCAUUGUAGAUUAAGGCUGUAACGUAACAAAAUUGAUGCAUGUUGUGUUUAUUUUUAUGUUAAGUAUAGUUAGUAAAAAUGUCAAAAAUAUAAUUCCACUUUGAAAUGAUGGAGUAUUGUGUGUGGGCUUGUGACAUAAAAUCUCAAUUGAAUCAAUUUUAAAUUCAGGCUGUAACACAACAAAAUGUGGAAAAUGUCAAGGGGUGUGAAUACUUUCUGAAGGCACUGAAACUGUCAAGGGAAGCCGCGUUGUUGCCUUUCUAACGAGGCAAUCGAAGCAAUAAGGAAAAAUGGAAUGGUAAUUUCAGUUUACUUCAUGAAAUGACCCCAACCAACCCCAGUCUUUCAUGACAGGUUUAACUAUUAAACUAAAUGGAAGUGGUUCUAGAUAAGAGUGUCUGCUAUUUCAUUAGACAGUAUAUAUGACGUCAAUGGAAGUUGUAAAAAAAAAUCAUAUGACGGCUGUUCAAAGAAAACUUUUGCCCCCUCAAUUUUGCCUUUCAUGUCUCUCAAAAGUUUGCUGCAUUGUUUGUCACUUCCGAACCAAAUAAACUGUUCACCUCAAGCAAAUAAAUGACAAUAUUGCUUGGCUAAGUUGCCUUA